AUAAAUAACAAAGAAAAACUAAAAAUUUACUUCAAAUCUUUUCAUACAUUUUAAGUUUUUUUAGUAUCAGAACCAUGAAUGAUUCUUCUGAUUUUCUCUCUUCUUAGAUACCGAUGGUUCAUCUUAAAUAUGUUAGAUGUCUAAAGACCACCAACUGAAAACAAAAUCUGCAAUUUACAACAAAAAAUCUCAAUAUUUAGGGGCUUUUACUUGUUAAGAUUUGAUUUGUGCAAACCAAUUUGGGUAAAAAUAUCUUCAAAUAGCAGUGCAUUAAUCUACUAUCGACAACAACUGAAAACAUAUAAAGUUUUCCAAAGAGUAGAGAGGUAUUAUGGCUGAGGACAGGAUCAGUCAGUUUCCUGAAGAUUUGAUUCUGCAAAUCCUUUCUUUAGUUCCAGUAAAAACUGCAGUGUCAACGAGUGUCUUGUCUAAAAAAUGGCAUUCUCGUUGGAAGUCGGUGGCAAAACUAAAAUUUAAUUCUGAGGAUUACCAGAGUGAACACCAAACAUUUUCAGAGACUGUUCACAAGUCUCUCCUUUCAUAUGAACCUAAGGUUCUAGAGAGUUUUCAUCUCAGCUUUGGAUCAGAUAAGGCUGAUGCAGUAGAUGUUGUACAUUGGAUUAAAACUGCGUUUGCUCUAAAUUUGCGUACAUUGGCACUCGAAUUUCACAUCGAGCCAUUCGAGCUCGACGAAUUCGUAUUUACGAGUUGCUUGUGUACUUGUGAUACACUAGAGACUUUGGAACUCGGGAGUCUGAUUCUUGUAGAUAUCCCUGCACCGGGUUCGAUGAAGUCUCUUAAAAAGCUGCAUCUUAUUCAAGCGUUAUACACAAACGAUGAAUCUAUCUGUAACCUUUUAUCUAGCUGUCCUAGACUUGAAGAACUCGUUGUGGAACGAUCUUACGAAUAUACUCUGAAAUUAUUCACUAUCAAAGUCCCUUCUUUGCAGAGAUUAAGGAUUUACGAUCACAAUGAUGAUGCCGAGUUUAUUGGAUAUGUGAUAGAUGUUCCUUCUCUGAAAUACUUAGAGAUUGGAGGGUUACGAUGUCCACAGUUUUCACUGAAUGCACCGGAGUUGGUGGAGGCAUAUAUUGGUAGAGUUUCUAAUGUAAUCAGUGAAUCUAUCGUUUCAGUCAGACGUCUUGUCUUGAAUGUAUCAGCUUCGGAGACUGUAUAUCCUCCUACUGGAUGUAUCUUCUAUCAACUGGUAUAUCUACAGAUAUAUACGCAUGAACCAGGCUGGUAUGAUCUACUUACUUGGAUGCUCGAACAUUCACCUAAACUACAAGUCUUGAGGCUCGUUAGUAUAUAUAGGAGUGAUCCUGAUUAUGAAGAGCUCGGCUGGGAAUGGAUUAAGCCAAAGUGUGUUCCUGAAUGUUUGUUGUCACAUCUAGAGACAUUUGUGUGGAGAAGAUACGAUUGGAAAAGAGAAAAUGAAGAAGAAGUGGCUACAUAUAUUCUAAAGAAUGCACGAGGGUUGAAGAGUGCAACUUUCUCUACAGAUCCCAUUGAACCGGACCAGCUUGACAAGUUGAAACAUAGAUGUAGGAUGCGCAAAAAAUUGGAUGGUGUGCUCAAGGCUUCUAAAACAUGCCACCUUGUGUUCAAGUUUGAAUAAUUUCAAAAGAAUUCUAUACUACAGUAUAAAGAGUGAACAAAAUAUGUCGCUUUUAGUUUAAUUGGUUAUCGUUUUGGACCUUUUCAAAAAGUUAUUUUCUGAAUUUUAUUCCUUUUGUUUUCACUGUGAUAAUGCAUUCUUAUGUGUUGUAUGUCCUAAUAAUAUUGAUUUUCAAAA